AUGUCGACUCGCAACUUCAGCCAACCCAAGAGGCGCGGAUCCAACUCGAUGCUCCCUCCUCCCAAGACCUCCAAGAUGUCGGCGGAAGCGCCCGUCUUCCAGCCUCGCCCCAAGAUGGAGGAAGAGGACCCCGCCGUCGCCGCGAGCGCCGCUUCCGCCCCUAACCCUAGUGUCACGACGGGUGAGGGCGGCCAGAUCCACGGAGGUGCCAAGGAGAUCGACUCGGACACUCGCGAGAAGCUCAACGCUGCCGUUGCGGCCAGCCGUGUCACCCGUCCUCUGCCUUGCAGCAGGAGACCAGCCGCUGCCGCCAACAUGGUCCCUCAGGCGGCUACGACUGUCAAGACCGGAGAGGAGAAGGAGAACAGGCGUCGACUGAUCGUGGUUCUCAGCCAGGCUUGUCUCGAGGCGUACAAGAUCAACUCGUCGUCGUCCAAGGGCAAGGACGCGAAGUACGCUCUUCUGAACUGUGACGACCACCAGGGUAUCCUGGCCAAGACCGGCCGUGACAUUGCCGACGCGCGUCCGGAUAUUACUCACCAGUGUCUCCUUACGCUGCUCGACUCUCCCCUGAACAAGGCUGGCCUUCUUCAGGUGUACAUUCACACUGCCAAGGGCGUUCUCAUCGAGGUUAACCCCAGCGUCAGGAUACCGAGAACGUUCAAGCGUUUCUCUGGUCUCAUGGUCCAGCUUCUCCACAAGCUCAGCAUUCGUGGUGUCCAGGGCUCUGAGAAGCUUCUCCGUGUCAUCAAGAACCCCAUCACCGACCACCUGCCUACGAACACGAUCAAGCUCACCCUCUCCGGUGACGCGCCGACGGUCCGUCUCUCCCAGUUCCUCCCGACGUUGCCCGAGACGCAUUCGAUCUGUGUCUUCGUCGGAGCCAUGGCCCGUGGACCGGACAACUUCGCCGACCACUACGUUGACCAGAAGAUCUCCAUCUCAGAUUAUUCUCUGUCUGCCUCGGUCGCGUGCGGCAAGUUCUGCUGCGCCAUGGAGGAGCUUUGGGACAUUGUCUAA